ACCUUUUUACCGGUAGUCACUUGGGUAGUCAUAAUGGAAGCCCUAGAUCUACCUGAUGAUGGUUUAGAAAUAAAGAUUCGUGCUCAAGCUUUAGCUAAAGAAGUAGAUCUACUAGUUGGCAGUAAGUUUUGCUGGCCGAGGAAUGAUUGUAUCUUGCCAUGGUGCCCCCUUGUAACAAUGGAUACUAGUGGCACUCCUCCACCUUCUACUUCAUAUAUGCUGCUUUACAAGACAGAAGGAGAAAGUAUUGACGGGAUAUAUAAUAAAUACAAGGAUGAUGCUCAUCUUGAAGCUCUCUUCAUUGUUUCCGGGGACAGUUAUGAACCACUAGCAUCAAAUUCAUUGCAGCCACAUGAUCUCUCAUUUCUAAUUUCUAUUAUUCCAGGAAAAUUCCAGAAUAAAGUUCUGUCAUUAGCUCAUAAUACAAAAUAUCUUGAGGCCUCCGUAACAGGUUUUUUUCCAGGUUUCAUCCGAGGCAAGUCUCGAGCCCUAUUGCCUCAGCUCCCCAGCAGUUACUAUACUUUAUUCAAGGCUCUGCAAUAUGUUAUUCAGAAUGGUAUUGUUGUCUCAUUGUCUCCAAAUAUCCCUGGAAUCUGUCCAGCAGAUGAAGUACUCCUUGUACACAUUUUGGAAGCCAUUUGUUACUUAUUUGUGGAACAACAUGUUGAAUUUACACGAAUUAAUCUAAAUCAACUCAUUUCAUUUGUUUGUCAUCCUGUCUAUUUCAAUUCUCUUUUUCCAAAGGAUUUUAUAUUCUUUUUCAAUGUGGCUAAUUUAUAUUGGAAUGAAAGUACUCUUUAUAAUCAAGUUAGUCCUUUUAUGAUGGAAUGUCUGCAUCAUUUGUUACUAAUUCCUGUGGAAGCUCUAAAUUGCCAAUUGAGACUCUUUGUCAAGCAAGGUGAUUUUCAUGUACAUUCUGGCAGCUUAGGUGGUACUACUUUAUUUAAAAUGACUGCUAAAUCAAUGCUAAGUUGCUUUAAAAUUUACUACUCCAGCCAAAAAACUGCAGAAAUAAUUCAUGUCUUUCUAUUAUUAAGUAAGUAGUAAAAUGAUGGUUAAUUUGUAGCCUUUUGAAUAUAAUUUGAACAUUAGUCAUUGGGAUGUGAUGUGCAUUGAAUGCAUUGAGGCAGUAAUAUCAAUUUUUUAGUGUCAAGGUUUUGAUCAAUGCAAGACUAUCAAUCAUUAAUAUUUUUUUAUUUCUGUGUAUAAAAAAUGAAAACGAA